AUGUCAGAAUUGUAUCAUCAAUUACGUGUUGAUCAUAUUCUUGGUUUCUUCAGGAUUUGGGAAAUUCCUCGCGAUACUUGUGUCAGAGGUUUGUUGGGACAUUUCUUCCCAUCAAAUCCAUUGACAAGACAGGAAUUAGUUCAAAUUGGAUUAUGGGAUAUCGAGAGAUACGUCAAACCAUAUAUCAGAGGAAAACACCUCCAAGAAAAAUUCCCGAAUAAUUUCUAUGAAAUCUCAAGAAAAUUCUUCGUUCCAAGGAAUAUUUCAAAAGAAAAUGAUACAUUUGAUUUCAAGUCAGAAUAUAAUACAGAACGUAAAAUCUAUGAUGCAGUAAUGAAAGACAAAACACUUGAUGAGAAUGAGAAAAAUGUUUUGAUUCAAAAACUCUUCGAAUUACUCGGAAACGUUCUUUUGAUUGAAGAUCCUGAGAAUCCAGAUACUUAUCAUGUAAGAACUGAAUUAAAGAAAGAAUCAGUUGAAUCUACUCCUAAUGGACCGAUUAUCCACUGGUCAACUUCAUGGCAAGAACUUCCUGGAGACCAGAGACAAAGAUUCGAAGAGUUGUAUCUUGAUUUCACUUACAGAAGACAAACUGAGCUUUGGGUUUCAAAAGCUGAAGCGAAAUUAAAAGUUUUGAAGGAUUCAACGAACAUGUUGAUUUGUGCAGAAGAUUUAGGCCAAAUCACAUCAGGAAUCAUCAAAUCAAUUGAAGACAACUCAUUACUUUCUUUGAGAGUACAAAGAAUGUCUAAAGAUCCUAAUUUUGAUUUCGAUGAUUUCAACAAAUUCUCUUAUCUUUCUGUCGCUUGUCCAUCUACUCAUGAUACAUCUACAUUGAGAGGAUGGUGGGAAGAAAAUUCUUCAGUCAGAUUCAAAUUCUGGUAUGGAGUUUUGGCAAGGCAUGAACCAUGUCCAGAUAAGUUGUCAACUUAUUUCCAGGAAGUAAUUUUGAGACAGAAUUUAUGGUCGAAUUCAAUGUGGGCUAUUUUCUUGCUUCAGGACUUGACAGGAAUCAAUGACAACUUAAGAAGGCAGCAUCCUUGUGAUGAAAGAAUUAACAACCCCGCAGAUCCAAACCAUAAAUGGAGAUACAGAUAUCCAUUUACAUUAGAAAAAUUAAAUGACCAUAAGUCAUUUAUGAUGCAAAUGAGAAAACUUGCUGAAGAUUCUCAUAGAAUUUAA